UCCAAAAUGGAAAAGCAAUUGUUCACUCUCUGGCUGGCUUUGUCUUCACAAAUUGUAUUAGCAGAUGCUGUUAUCCAUCAGAAUGGCAUUGAAAUCUACAGCCUGCACAUUGACUGCGAAGUUAUCUCACGGUAUGCCCACACGGUCAUUACCAGCAGAGUUGUCAACAGGGCAAAUGAAUCUAAGGAGACUCUUUUUGAAGUGGAGCUUCCCAAAAAAGCCUUCAUCACAAACUUCAGCAUGACCAUAGAUGGAGAAACUUAUCCUGGAAUAAUCAAGGAGAAAAAGGCAGCCCAAGCUCAGUAUGAUUCUGCCAUUUCACGAGGUCAAAGUGCUGGAUUGGUCAAAUCAGCUGGAAGAAAACUUGAGAAGUUUAGUGUCUCAGUCAAUGUUGCAGCAGCAGGUAAAGUUAACUUUGUGUUGGAUUAUGAGCAAUUACUCGAUCGAAGGCUAGGGAAGUAUGAAUUGAUCAUCAGGGUCAAGCCCAAACAGCUGGUGAAACACUUUCAGAUGGAUAUUCACAUCUUCGAGCCGCAAGGUAUAUCCUCCUUAGAAACAGAAAGCAACUUCAUGACCAAUGAAAUGAGUGAUGCUUUCAUAAAGACACAGGAAGAGACCAAGGCUCAUAUUUCAUUUAAACCAACCUUAACUCAACAAAGGAAAAGCCCUGAGCUGGAAGAGACUCUUCUAGAUGGAGAUGUCAUCAUACGUUAUGAUGUUAAAAGGGAUGUUGCUGUAGGCGACAUACAGAUCGUGAAUGGUUAUUUUGUCCACUAUUUUGCACCCAGUGAAAUGCCAGCAUUUCCCAAAAAUAUCAUCUUUGUUAUAGAUAAAAGUGGAUCUAUGACUGGUAAUAAAAUUCGGCAGACAAAAGAGGCCUUGGAUAAGAUUUUGGAUGACCUGAAUCCUGAAGACCAUUUUAAUUUAGUUGUUUUUAGUAGGAGUAUUUCAAAGUGGCACCCCACUUUGUUGCAAGCCAAAAAGGCAGAUGUGGAAGCAGCUAAACAGUAUGUUCAAACCAUUCAUGCUCAAGGAGCGACGGAUAUUAAUGAAGCUCUUUUGACAGCCAUUAAUUCUCUGGAUCAAGCCACCUCUAGGGAGUUAUUGCCAGAAAAAAGCAUUUCAAUGAUCAUUUUGCUGACAGAUGGUCAACCCACUGUUGGUAUAACAAACACUAACAUAAUACAAAAAAACAUAAAGAAAGCCAAUCAGGGAAAGUAUUUCCUCUACUGCCUUGGCUUUGGAUUUGAUGUAAGCUACACUUUCCUGGAGAAGAUGGCCUUAGACAAUUGGGGAGUUGCUCGACGUAUAUAUGAGGACUCAGAUGCAGCCCUUCAGCUCCAGGGCUUUUAUAACGAAGUGGCUAUUCCCAUCCUGAAGGAGGUUAACAUGAAUUAUCUUGGCAAUGCUGUAGAGGAAGUCACUCAGAAUAAUUUCAAGUUGCUCUAUGAGGGCUCUGAAAUUGUAGUUGCUGGAAAACUUAACAAUGAAAUUGAUAUUUUUUCCUUGGAAGUAAAAGCUCAGGCACACGGAAGCAACUUGACCCUGAAAGAAAAUGCUAAUGUCACAGAAAAAGCACAAGUGUUUGAACAUCUGAAAUAUAUAUUUGGAGAUUUCAUUGAAAGAUUAUGGGCCUGCUUAACAAUUGAACAACUAUUAGAAAAGUCCGUUUUGGCUGAAGCAGCACAGCAAAAGAAUCUGAAAACCCAAGCAUUAAAGCUCUCCCUGAAGUACAGCUUUGUAACACCCAUGACUUCCAUGGUGGUCACUAAGCCAGAAGCUGAAGAAGUGGCUAACAAGCCAAGAGAAGCAGAUAAUGAGGAUUUCCAGGACCAUGGAAUGAGAGAUCCAUCCUUUGAUGUGCCAAUGCCUGCUCCUUCUGGAGUCCUUAGAAAUACUCCUGCCGACCUUUUCUUAACUUCAGCUGCGUUCCCAGAUCAUCCAACCUCAAAUUCAGCAGUCCGCCAUGUUGCCAAGACAUCAGAGACUGCAAGGGCAUACGUACAUUUCCUAAGAAAGCCAAAAUCAAGAGAUCAUGAAAGCAGGACUUCAUAUCCCCACUUCCUUUUGCAGCUGUCUAGUGAAAAUGUUUCAGUUUGUUUAACUCUUAGUGGGCAGUCGCAAACACCCUUAAAUCUGCUGUCUGAUGCAGAGAAAGGGAUCCAAGUGACUGGCAAGCUUGGGGAAAACAGACACUUUACAGAGUUUGAAAUAACCUAUCCGAGGCUUAACGUGGAAAUAAAGGUGUCAACAGAACGAAUUAUACUGAAAAGUAAUGCCUCCACACACUCUUUUGUGUGGACAGAAAGGGAAUCUUUAACAAUUGAAGGGCUAAAAAUUAUACUUACAAGUGGAGAAAGUCUCUUUCUGUCAGGACCAGACAACAUUGUAACCAAAAUUUUCCAUAUACCUCCCCCACUUGAUUGCCUUGGAUUGUACUUUGAGGAUAGUGAUUAUUUUUCUAACCAAGUUACUGGACUUUUUGGUCAGUUUUUCUCUAACACAAAUUUUGAAAGAAGUUCUGGCCAAAUUAUCGUACAGGGACAGCUCCAUAAAGCCAUCAGGAUGCGUAAGAAGGAUUAUAGAACUGGAUCGAGUAAAACUGAAGUUACCUGCUGGUCACUGAAUAUAAAUCCUUAAAGAACAGACUUAACAGCAGAGGACUGUUAUUGUUUACUGUCCGUGAUUUUAUUAAAUGGCAUAAAAUCCCCCA